GCGCGACGCGCAUGCGCAGCAGAGGCGGCUGUGCGAGCCGAGCUGGGAGAUGGCGGCAGCUGCGGUGGAGCUGAGAGUGUGAGCGCCGCCCGGGAGCCGCCGGCCCGGGCGCAGUGCGACCCCGACCCCGCCCGCCCGCCUGCCCACCAUGGGCAACGAGGCCAGCCUGGAGGGCGGCGCGGGCGAAGGGCCGCUGCCGCCCGGAGGCUCUGGUCUGGGUCCGGGCCCCGGAGCAGGGAAGCCGCCUUCAGCACUAGCAGGCGGUGGACAGCUCCCAGUGGCUGGCGCUGUGCGAGCAGCGGGACCCCCGACCCCUGGUAUCGGGCCGGCCCCCGGCCCUGGCUCCGGCCCUGGCCCGGGCAGUGUUCCCCGGAGACUGGACCCCAAGGAGCCCCUGGGUAGCCAGAGAGCAACUUCUCCAACCCCAAAGCAAGCAUCUGCUACUGCUCCUGGCCGAGAGAGCCCCCGAGAGACAAGGGCCCAAGGCCCAUCAGGCCAGGAGGCCGAAGGUCCCCGCAGGACACUGCAGGUAGACAGCAGGACACAGAGAUCAGGACGGUCCCCCUCGGUGUCACCGGACAGAGGCAGCACUCCCACGUCACCCUACUCCGUCCCCCAGAUUGCCCCCCUUCCCAGCAGCACCCUGUGUCCAAUAUGCAAGACCUCGGACCUCACAUCAACCCCCAGCCAGCCAAAUUUCAACACCUGCACCCAGUGUCACAACAAGGUCUGCAACCAGUGUGGGUUCAACCCCAACCCUCACCUCACCCAGGUGAAGGAAUGGCUCUGUUUGAACUGUCAGAUGCAGAGGGCCCUGGGAAUGGACAUGACCACUGCACCUCGGUCGAAGAGCCAGCAGCAGCUACACUCCCCGGCCCUGUCUCCUGCCCACUCCCCAGCCAAACAGCCUCUGGGGAAGCCAGAGCAAGAGAGAUCUCCUCGGGGUCCAGGGGCCACACAGUCUGGUCCCCGCCAGGCUGAAGCAGCCAGGGCCACCUCAGUGCCUGGGCCUACCCAGGCAACUGCCCCUCCAGAGGUGGGGAGGGUGUCUCCUCAGCCCCCUCUCUCCACCAAGCCUUCCACAGCUGAGCCCAGGCCACCUGCAGGAGAGGCCCAGGGCAAAAGUGCCACCACAGUGCCCUCUGGGCUUGGUGCUGGUGAACAGAGCCAGGAGGGCCUUACUGGGAAGCUCUUCGGCCUUGGAGCAUCUCUGCUGACCCAGGCGAGCACCCUUAUGUCUGUGCAGCCAGAGGCUGACACCCAGGGCCAGCCUUCCCCCAGCAAGGGGCCACCUAAGAUUGUCUUCAGUGAUGCCAGCAAGGAGGCGGGUCCAAGACCCCCAGGCUCAGGGCCUGGGCCUGGACCAGCACCUGGAGCCAAAGCCGAGCCUGGGGCUAGAACAGGUCCCGGAUCAGGGCCUGGAGCCCUGGCAAAAACUGGAGGAACCGCCAGUCCAAAGCACGGCAGAGCAGAGCAUCAGGCAGCAUCCAAGGCUGCUGCCAAGCCAAAGACCAUGCCGAAGGAAAGGGCUGCCUGCCCACUGUGCCAAGCUGAGCUCAAUGUGGGCAGCAGGGGCCCAGCCAACUACAAUACCUGCACUGCCUGCAAGCUCCAGGUGUGCAACCUGUGUGGCUUUAACCCAACACCCCACCUGGUGGAGAAAACAGAGUGGCUCUGUCUAAACUGCCAAACAAAGCGGCUGCUGGAGGGCAGCUUGGGGGAGCCAGCCCCCCUGCCUCUGCCCACCCCACAGCAGCCUCCUGCAGGAGCCCCUCACCGAGCAGCUGGAGCAGCCCCUCUGAAGCAGAAAGGGACACAGGGGCUGGGCCAGCCCUCAGGCUCCCUGCCUGCCAAGGCCAGCCCCCAGGCCACCAAGGCCAGCCCUCAGGCCACCAAGGCCAGCCCUCAGGCCACCAAGGCCAGCCCCCAGGCCACCAAGGCCAGCCCUCAGACCAAGCCUCUCAGGGCUCCGGAACCCAGCAAGACCUCUAGCAGCGCCCAGGAAAAGAAGACAGGGGUCCCCGCUAAAGCUGAGCCUGUGCCGAAGCCACCUCCAGAGACUACUGUGCCUCCUGGGACUCCCAAAGCAAAAAGUGGGGUGAAGAGGACUGAGCCUGCCACCCCAGUCGUCAAGCCUGUUCCAGAAGCUCCCAAGAGUGGGGAGGCUGAGGAACCUGUCCCCAAGCCUUACUCUCAGGAUCUGUCUCGAAGCCCACAAAGCCUCAGUGACACGGGCUACUCCUCCGACGGUGUCUCCAGCUCCCAGAGCGAGAUCACAGGGGUUGUACAGCAAGAAGUGGAGCAGCUUGACAGUGCAGGGGUGACAGGCCCGCGUCCACCCAGCCCCUCCGAGCUCCACAAAGUGGGUAGUAGUCUGCGCCCUUCACUGGAGGCCCAGGCUGUGGCUCCUAGUGCGGAGUGGAGCAAGCCACCCCGCAGCAGCACUGUCGAAGACCAGAAACGGCGUCCCCACUCCCUGUCCAUCAUGCCUGAGGCCUUUGACUCUGAUGAGGAACUGGGGGACAUUCUAGAGGAGGAUGACUCCUUGGCAUGGGGGCGUCAGAAGGACCAACAAGACACCGCUGAGUCUUCAGAUGACUUUGGCAGCCAGCUGAGGCAUGACUAUGUGGAAGACAGCAGCGAAGGCGGCUUGUCUCCCCUUCCACCUCAGCCCCCAGCCCGGGCAGACAUGACGGAUGAAGAGUUCAUGCGGCGGCAGAUCCUAGAAAUGAGUGCGGAGGAAGACAACUUGGAGGAGGAGGACACUGCCGUCUCUGGGCGAGGCCUGACCAAACACAGUGCCCAGAAGGCAAGUGCCAGGCCCAGGCCGGAAUCUAGCCAAGAACCAGUAGCAGUGCCCAAGAGGCGCCUACCCCAUAAUGCCACCACAGGCUACGAGGAACUCCUGUCUGAGGCAGGCCCGGCAGAGCCCACCGAUGGCAGCGGAGCCCUUCAGGGAGGUCUCCGACGCUUUAAAACCAUUGAGCUCAACAGCACAGGGAGCUACGGUCAUGAACUAGACCUGGGCCAAGGUCCAGAUCCCAACCUGGACCGGGAGCCUGAGCUGGAGAUGGAGAGCCUUACAGGCUCGCCUGAAGACCGCUCUCGUGGGGAGCACUCCUCUACGCUGCCGGCUUCCACGCCUAGCUAUACAUCUGGCACCUCACCCACCUCCCUGUCUUCCCUGGAGGAGGACAGUGACAGCAGCCCCAGCCGCCGGCAGCGGCUAGAGGAAGCGAAGCAGCAGCGCAAGGCCCGGCACCGUUCCCACGGGCCCCUGCUGCCCACCAUCGAGGACUCUUCCGAGGAGGAGGAGCUGCGGGAAGAAGAGGAGCUGCUGAGGGAGCAGGAGAAGAUGCGGGAGGUGGAACAGCAGCGAAUUCGAAGCACAGCCCGCAAGACCCGGCGAGACAAGGAAGAGCUUCGGGCUCAGCGGAGGCGUGAGCGCUCCAAGACACCACCCAGUAACCUGUCACCCAUUGAAGAUGCGUCCCCGACGGAGGAGCUGAGGCAGGCAGCGGAGAUGGAGGAGCUACACCGCUCUUCCUGCUCUGAGUACUCCCCGUCCCCCUCCCUGGACUCAGAGGCGGAGACCCUCGAUGGCGGCCCCACUCGGCUCUACAAGUCGGGCAGCGAGUACAACCUGCCGGCCUUUAUGUCUCUCUACUCUCCGACCGAGACCCCUUCAGGCAGUUCCACCACGCCCAGUUCUGGAAGGCCCCUUAAGAGUGCUGAGGAGGCCUACGAGGACAUGAUGAGAAAAGCUGAACUGCUCCAGAGACAGCAGGGCCAGGUGGCAGGGGCCCGGGGACCCCAUGGUGGCCCGUCUCAGCCCACAGGCCCCCGAAGCCAGGGCUCCUUUGAAUAUCAAGACACCCAAGACUAUGGCGGUAGGGCUGCUCAGCCCGCGGCAGAAAGCACGCCCGCAGGCCUCGGAGCAGCAGUGUACGAAGAGAUCCUUCAGACAUCCCAGAGCAUCGCCCGGAUGCGGCAGGCCUCCUCGCGGGAUCUGGCCUUCACAGAGGACAAAAAGAAGGAGAAGCAGUUUCUGAAUGCUGAGAGUGCAUACAUGGACCCAAUGAAGCAAAAUGGUGGCCCACUUACCCCUGGGACUAGCCCCACCCAGCUUGCUGCCCCUGUGUCGUUUUCCACUUCGGUUUCCUCAGACAGCAGCGGGGGCCGAGUUAUCCCCGACGUCCGAGUCACUCAGCAUUUUGCAAAAGAGCCUCAGGAUCCUCCCAAGCUCCAUAGCUCUCCUGUCUCCCCCGGUCUGGCCUCUAAGGAGGUAGGCAUGACCUUCUCCCAGGGUCCCGGGGCUCCGGCCACCACGGCCAGCCCUCCACGAGGGUAUAUGACUCCAACCUCCCCAGCUGGCCCUGAGCGUAGCCCGUCAACGUCUUCCACAAUUCACAGCUAUGGACAGCCCCCAACCACUGCUAACUAUGGGUCUCAAACGGAGGAGCUGCCCCACGCUCCCAGUGGCCCUCCCGGAAGUGGUCGGGCCUCCAGAGAGAAGCCUCUGAGUGGGGGCGACGGUGAGGUUGGUGCCCCCCAGCCUGCUCGGGGAUAUUCUUACUUUACAGGCUCUAGCCCACCUCUCUCUCCAUCUACCCCUUCCGAGAGCCCCACGUUCUCACCCGGCAAGCUGGGCCCCAGGGCCACAGCAGAGUUCUCUACACAGACGCCAAGCCUGACGCCUUCCUCUGAUGCUCCACGGAGCCCUGGCACCCCCUCCCCCAUGGUAGCCCAAGGCACACAGACACCACACCGACCUAGCACGCCUCGCUUGGUGUGGCAGCAGUCUUCCCAGGAGGCUCCAGUUAUGGUCAUCACGCUGGCGUCAGAUGCUUCUAGCCAGACCAGAAUGGUGCACGCCAGUGCCUCUACUUCCCCUCUGUGCUCACCUACCGACUCUCAGCCCACAUCCCAUAGCUACAGCCAGACAACACCUCCAAGUGCAUCUCAGAUGCCCACGGAACCAGCUGGGCCACCUGGUUUCCCACGAGCACCCAGUGCUGGUGCAGAUGGACCUCUGGCACUGUACGGCUGGGGUGCCCUCCCGGCUGAAAAUAUCUCCUUAUGCCGGAUCUCCUCUGUCCCUGGAACAUCUAGGGUUGAGCCAGGCCCCAGGCCCCCGGGCACUGCAGUGGUAGACCUUCGCACAGCCGUCAAGCCCACGCCCAUUAUUCUUACCGACCAGGGUAUGGAUCUCACCUCUCUUGCUGUGGAAGCAAGAAAGUAUGGCCUUGCCCUGGACCCAGUCCCAGGACGCCAGUCAACAGCUGUGCAGCCUCUGGUUAUUAACCUCAAUGCCCAAGAGCAGACCCACACCUUCCUGGCCACUGCCACCACUGUGAGCAUCACCAUGGCCACUUCUGUGCUCAUGGCUCAGCAAAAGCAGCCAGUGGUAUAUGGAGAUCCUUUCCAGAGCCGCCUUGACUUUGGCCAGGGCUCAGGUAGCCCUGUGUGCCUGGCCCAGGUCAAGCAGGUAGAGCAGGCUGUCCAGACAGCCCCGUACCGAGGUGGGCCUAGGGGGAGACCCAGGGAGGCUAAGUUUGCCAGGUAUAACCUUCCCAACCAGGUAACACCUCUGGCCAGAAGGGACAUUUUGAUCACCCAGAUGGGCACCGCUCAGGGUGUGAGCCUGAAGCCAGGACCAGUGCCAGAGCCUGGUGCCGAACCCCACCGGGCUACUCCGGCAGAGCUCCGGUCACAUGCUCUACCAGGUACCAGGAAGCCGCACACAGUGGUGGUGCAGAUGGGAGAGGGUGCAGCCGGCACGGUGACUACCCUGCUCCCAGAAGAGCCAGUGGGUGCUCUGGACCUCACGGGAAUGAGGCCUGAGAGCCAGCUGGCAUGCUGUGACAUGGUCUACAAGUUUCCCUUUGGCAGUAGCUGCACUGGCACCUUCCAUCCUGCCCCUAGUGCACCUGACAAGAGUGUGACCGAUGCUGCCCCGCCUGGCCAAAGCAGUGGCCCCUUCUACAGUCCCAGAGACCCUGAGCCCCCUGAACCCCUCACCUUCCGGGCACAGGGGGUAGUAGGACCCGGGCCCCAUGAAGAACAGAGGUCCUACCCACAGGGCCUGUCUGGAAGGCUGUACUCCUCCAUGUCUGACACCAAUUUGGCCGAGGCUGGCCUCAACUACCACGCCCAGAGGCUCGGGCAGCUCUUGCAGGGCCCUGGGAGAGACUCGGCGGUGGAUCUCAGCUCACUGAAGCACUCCUACAGCUUAGGCUUUGCCGACGGGCGCUACUUAGGGCAGGGCUUACAAUACGGCUCCUUCACGGACCUGCGUCACCCCACAGACCUCUUGUCUCACCCACUUCCCAUGCGGCGCUAUAGCUCGGUGUCAAACAUCUAUUCAGAUCACCGGUAUGGCCCACGGGGAGAUGCAGUUGGCUUUCAGGAGGCCAGCCUGGCCCAGUACAGUGCCACCACAGCCCGAGAGAUCAGCCGCAUGUGUGCUGCCCUCAACUCCAUGGACCAGUAUGGUGGGCGGCAUGGCAGUGGAAGUGGUGGGCCUGACCUCAUGCAGUACCAGCCCCAGCAUGGGCCUGGACUCAAUGCUCCACAGGGUCUGGCUCCCCUUAGAUCUGGCCUCCUUGGCAAUCCCACCUAUCCAGAAGGGCAACCAAGCCCUGGGAACCUUGCUCAGUAUGGGCCUGCAGCAAGCCAAGGAACAGCAGUCAGACAGUUGCUGCCGUCCACUGCAACAGUUCGUGCAGCUGAUGGCAUGAUCUAUUCGACUAUCAAUACCCCAAUUGCUGCAACGCUGCCCAUCACCACCCAGCCUGCCUCAGUACUGCGGCCCAUGGUGCGCGGCGGCAUGUAUAGGCCUUAUGUAUCUGGUGGAGUCACAGCGGUGCCCCUUACCAGCCUGACCCGUGUGCCCAUGAUUGCUCCUCGGGUGCCUCUUGGACCAGCAGGGCUAUACCGCUAUCCUGCACCAAGUCGAUUCCCCAUUGCUUCCAGCGUUCCACCUGCUGAAGGACCUGUCUAUUUGGGAAAACCUGCAGCUGCCAAGGCCUCAGGGGCAGGAGGCCCGACAAGGCCUGAGCUACCAGCAGGGGCUGCUCGGGAAGAACCUCUUUCCACAACUGCCCCUGCUGUCAUCAAGGAAGCCCCAGUGGCCCCGGCCCCCGCCCCGGCCCCACCACCCGGCCAGAAGCCAGCAGGAGAGGCCGCUGCUGGGAGUGGCAGUGGGGUCCUCGGCCGGCCUGCUGUGGAGAAGGAGGAAGCCUCACAGGAGGACCGGCAGCGGAAGCAACAGGAGCAGCUGCUGCAGCUGGAGCGGGAACGGGUAGAGUUGGAAAAGCUGCGACAGUUGCGGCUGCAGGAGGAGCUGGAGAGGGAGAGGGUGGAGCUGCAGAGGCAUCGUGAGGAGGAGCAGUUGCUGGUGCAGCGAGAGCUGCAGGAGCUGCAGACCAUCAAGCAGCAUGUGCUGCAGCAGCAGCAGGAAGAGCGCCAGGCUCAGUUUGCACUGCAGCGCGAGCAGCUGGCACAGCAGCGGCUGCAGCUAGAGCAGAUCCAGCAACUGCAGCAGCAGCUGCAGCUGCAGCUGGAGGAACAGAAGCAGAGGCAGAAGGCCCCCUUCCCUGCAACGUGUGAGGCACCUAGCCGAGGGCCUCCCCCGGCUGCCACCGAGCUGGCCCAGAAUGGCCAGUAUUGGCCACCGCUGACCCACACGGCUUUCAUUGCCGUGGCAGGGACCGAAGGGCCUGGGCAACCUCGUGAGCCCAUGCUGCACAGGGGCCUCCCGAGCUCCGCCUCAGACAUGUCACUACAAACUGAGGAGCAGUGGGAGGCAGGCCGUAGUGGCAUCAAGAAACGCCACUCUAUGCCACGCCUGAGAGAUGCCUGUGAGCCAGAGUCAGGACCCGAUCCCAGCACAGUCAGGAGAAUUGCAGAUAGCAGCGUCCAGACAGACGAUGAGGACGGCGAGAGCCGCUACCUUCUGACCCGCAGGCGCAGGACACGGCGCAGUGCGGACUGCAGUGUGCAGACAGAUGACGAGGACAAUGCCGAAUGGGAGCAACCCGUCCGCCGCCGCAGGUCUCGUCUUUCCCGUCACUCAGACUCAGGCUCGGACAGCAAGCAUGACGCCGCUGCCUCCUCAUCCACUGCCGCUGCUACCGCGAGGGCCAUGAGCAGUGUGGGCAUCCAGACCAUCAGCGACUGUUCUGUACAGACCGAGCCUGAGCAGCUGCCCAGGGUCUCUCCAGCCAUCCACAUCACAGCUGCCACUGACCCAAAGGUGGAGAUCGUCCGAUACAUAUCAGCACCAGAAAAGACUGGGCGCGGGGAGAGCCUGGCCUGCCAGACAGAACCCGAUGGGCAGGCUCAGGGUGUGGCUGGGCCACAGCUCGUAGGACCAACUGCCAUCAGCCCCUACCUACCUGGCAUCCAGAUAGUCACCCCAGGAGCCCUGGGAAGAUUUGAAAAGAAGAAGCCAGACCCUCUGGAGAUUGGGUACCAGGCCCACCUGCCCGCGGAGUCCCUGUCGCAGCUCGUGAGUCGCCAGCCUCCGAAGUCUCCACAAGUGCUCUACUCUCCAGUGUCGCCCCUGUCCCCACACCGGCUCCUGGACACCUCGUUUGCUUCCAGUGAGAGGCUGAACAAGGCUCAUGUGAGUCCCCAGAAGCAAUUCCUAGCUGACAGCACUCUCCACCAGCAGACCCUGCCUCGCCCCAUGAAGACCCUGCAGCGCUCCCUGUCCGACCCUAAGCCCCUGAGCCCCACCGCUGAGGAGUCUGCCAAAGAGAGAUUCUCCCUCUACCAGCACCAGGGGGGACUAGGUAGCCAGGUGUCGGCGCUGCCACCCAACGGCCUGGUCCGCAAGGUGAAGCGGACACUGCCCAGCCCCCCUCCAGAGGAAGCUCACCUUCCCCUGGCUGGCCAGGCGCCCUCACAGCUGUAUGCAGCCAGUCUGCUGCAGCGAGGGCUGGCGGGGCCCACCACCAUCCCUGCUACCAAGGCCAGCCUGCUCCGGGAGCUGGACCGGGACCUGCGGCUGGUGGAGCAUGAGUCCACCAAGCUGCGCAAGAAGCAGGCGGAGCUGGAUGAGGAGGAAAAGGAGAUUGAUGCCAAACUCAAGUACCUGGAGCUGGGCAUCACCCAGCGCAAAGAGUCGUUGGCCAAAGACCGGGGUGGCCGUGACUACCCACCGCUCCGUGGCCUUGGUGAGCAUCGUGACUACCUGUCUGACAGCGAGCUCAACCAGCUGCGGCUCCAGGGUUGCGCCACACCCACUGGCCAGUAUGUGGACUACCCUGCCUCAGCUGCUGUGCCUGCCACCCCCUCUGGCCCCACUGCCUUCCAGCAGCCCCGGUUCCCACCUGCAGCCCCUCAGUAUACUGCAGGCAGUAGUGGACCAACUCAGAAUGGAUUUCCAGCCCACCAGGCACCUACCUACACUGGCCCUAGCACGUACCCAGCACCUACCUACCCUCCUGGGACUAGUUAUCCAGCCGAGCCCAGCCUGCCAAGCCAGCCGGCUUUCCACCCCACAGGCCAUUACGCAGCCCCAGCGCCCAUGCCAACCACACAGAGCGCCCCUUUUCCAGUCCAAGCUGACAGUCGUGCUGCCCACCAGAAGCCACGCCAGACUUCACUGGCUGAUCUGGAGCAGAAGGUUCCCACCAACUACGAGGUGAUUAGCAGCCCUGCUGUAACCAUGUCUUCAGUGGCCCCUGAAACCGGCUACAGUGGUCCAGCUGUGAGCAGCAGCUACGAGCAGGGUAAAGCCCCCGAGCAUCCCCGGGGCAGUGACCGAAGCGGUGUGAGCCAGAGCCCAGCCCCUGCGUAUCCCUCUGACUCCCACUACACCAGUCUGGAGCAGAAUGUUCCUCGAAACUAUGUGAUGAUCGAUGACAUCAGCGAGCUGACGAAGGACAGCACCCCUGCUGCUUCGGAUAGCCAGCGGCUGGAGCCUUUGGGGCCAGGUGGAGUCAGUGGGCGCCCCGGGAAGGAUCCUGGAGAGCCGGCAGUCCUUGAAGGACCCACUCUGCCCUGCUGCUAUGGCAGAGGUGAGGAAGAGUCUGAGGAGGACUCAUAUGACCCCCGUGGGAAAUCUGGUCAUCACAGGAGCAUGGAGAGCAACGGCCGACCAGCCAGCACCCACUAUUACAGUGACAGUGACUAUAGACAUGGGGCUCGAGCAGACAAGUAUGGUCCAGGACCCAUGGGGCCAAAGCAUCCCUCUAAGAGCCUGGCCCCAGCUGCCAUCUCCUCAAAGCGCAGCAAGCACCGGAAGCAAGGCAUGGAGCAAAAGAUCUCCAAGUUCUCACCUAUUGAGGAGGCCAAGGAUGUGGAAUCGGACCUGGCCUCCUACCCCCCGCCCACCGUCAGCAGCAGCCUGACCUCACGGGGCAGAAAGUUCCAGGAUGAAAUCACCUAUGGGCUCAAGAAGAACGUGUAUGAACAGCAGAGGUACUAUGGGGUGUCCAGCCGGGACACGGCAGAUGAGGAUGACCGCAUGUAUGGUGGCAGCAGCCGGUCCCGAGUGGCAUCGGCAUACAGUGGGGAGAAGCUGUCCAGCCAUGAUUAUAGCAGCCGAGGCAAAGGGUAUGAACGGGAACGGGAGACUGCAGAACGACUUCAAAAGGCGGGCUCCAAGCCCUCAUCCCUGAGCAUGGCCCAUGGCCGGGCACGGCCUCCCAUGAGGAGCCAGGCCUCUGAAGAGGAGAGCCCUGUCAGCCCCUUAGGGCGGCCCCGUCCCGCAGGGGGCGCUCUUCCUCCCGGGGAUACCUGCCCACAGUUCUGCUCCAGCCACUCCAUGCCUGACGUCCAAGAGCACGUCAAGGAUGGACCGCGGACCCACGCAUAUAAGCGUGAAGAGGGCUACAUCUUGGAUGACUCCCACUGCGUGGUUUCUGACAGUGAAGCGUAUCACCUGGGCCAGGAGGAGACAGACUGGUUUGAUAAGCCCCGAGAUGCCCGCUCCGACCGGUUCAGGCACCAUGGGGGCCAUACAGUCUCCUCCUCCCAGAAGCGAGGCCCUGCCAGGUACAGCUACCAUGACUACGAUGAGCCCCCCGAGGAGGGCCUAUGGCCUCAUGAUGAGGGUGGUCCAGGCCGGCACACGUCAGCCAAGGAACACCGGCACCACAGUGACCACGGGAGGCACUCAGGCCGCCAUGCUGGUGAGGAGCCAGGACGGCGUGCUGCCAAACCACAUGCUCGGGACAUGGGUCGCCACGAGGCCCGGCCUCACCCUCAGGCCAGCCCUGCCCCUGCCAUGCAGAAGAAGGGUCAGCCUGGGUACCCCAGCUCUGCUGAUUAUUCACAGCCAUCCCGUGCUCCGUCAGCAUACCACCAUGCCUCUGAGAGCAAAAAGGGCUCCCGGCAGGCCCACGCUGGGCCUUCUGCACAGCAGCCAAAGCCAGACGCCCAAGGACAGCCACAGAUACAAGGUCGGCAGGGGGCUCCAGGACCGCAGCAAUCACAGCCACCGUCAUCCAGGCAGACGCCCUCGGGCACAGCAUCACGCCAGCCACAGCCACAGCAGCAGCAGCAGCAGCAGCAGCAAGGUCUUGGGCAACAAGCUCCCCAGCAGGCUCCAUCACAGGCUCGGCUACAGCAACAGAGCCAGCCAACUACUCGGGGCACAGCCCCUGCUGCCAGCCAGCCAGCAGGGGAACUUCAACCAGGCCCCACCACAGCCCCGGGGCCCCAGCCAGCUGGACUGCCACGUGCAGAACAGGCGAGCACUUCUAAACCGGCAGCCAAAGCGCCGCAGCAGGGGCGGGCUCCUCAGGCCCAGCCAGCCCCAGGACCUGGACCUGCAGGGGUGAAGCCUGGAGCCAGGCCUGGGGGGACCCCAGGGGCCCCCCCUGGUCAGCCAGGGGCAGAAGGAGAGAGUGUAUUCUCUAAGAUACUCCCUGGUGGGGCAGCAGAGCAAGCUGGAAAGCUGACAGAAGCUGUCUCGGCUUUCGGCAAAAAAUUUUCCUCGUUCUGGUGAUCGUGUCCAGAAGGGCUCCUGAAGACCUGAAGAAAGACAAUCUCAUUGCUGUGGAAAAAUCUCUGGAGUCAAAGGCCUGGGCGCAGCUCUGGACUCUGCGUAUAACGCUGGUAUGGGCCUAGCAGCCACCCUCAGAGGCAGUGUGCUGGCUGGCAUGAUGGUAAAUGAGUCAGCCAUCCUUGGGAAAGGGCCCAGUGAAGCCAGUUGUACCCUACAUCUUCAGCAUCUACAAGCUGGCAAAACUUUGGCCCAAAGAUUCACACCAGGUGGGCCCCAGCAGGCAGGCCUCAGCCAAGCAUGAGAAUGAAAUGUUUUCUAACAGCAGCGACCUCUGUGAAGCAUCUUCUGGAACAAUGGGACCAUUGGCUUGGGGGACCUUUCAUGUCUUUCAAGAGACCCUGCCUUACUCAGGCCAGCCGUCCUUGGGAAAGGAGCCCUCCUCACCAGAACGUGGUUGCUUCUGUGGCUGUCUGCUGCUCUUCCGCAGCCUCCUGCGGCCUGUCCGUCCACCAGGCUUCCAAUGCGUUAUACACAGAGUUUGGGUGCACACUGCCCUCCCUCUAAGAUGCCAGAAGUUUUUUCCACAGCCUUGGAGAGGGGCUUUGACUGAGGGCUGGGGCCCUGGGCUCCGAUUCCUUCACAUUCCAGCUGGCCCGGAUCCCUCUGUGGCCAUAAGGCCUUGCCCUCUUCACCCUGCCCUGUGGGUGACGCUGGAGCAGACCUCCACAUGGCCAGCAUGGGUUUGGGAAAACUUUACAAACAUUAGGACCUAACACUGUCUCAUCGCUGAAACAAGAGGCCAUAGCACCGAAAAGCAGCGUGGGCACCGGCUGAGGCGUCUCCCAGCCCGUGGAUGGCAGCGUAACUAGGCAUGCCUGCCAUCACCUUAAAGCCAUCCCCCCAGCCAUUGUGAGCACCCCAGCAACACCGCCAUUGUCUCGACCAGCCGGCUCUCUGGCUCCUCAUCUCUACACCUGGGGAUUUCUUUUGAUUUCAAGAACAGCCUUAAUCAUUCCAGUUUGAUUUACAUGUAUACCUCAUGAACUUUUUUUUUGUUUUAUUUUUUCUCUCCCUUUCUUUUCUUUGCUUUUAUCCCUUUGUCUCUCCCCCCUGACCCCCACCCUCCCAACCUCGUGACUGAUGGUUCGGUUUCCUCUCUGCUCUGCCCCUGCUCAGCACAGGGAGAAAUGUUGAUUUAGAAGCAAUAGCGGGCAGCAGGCCACCAAGAGCACAAACCCAGGGCGAGGUCUAGGGAGGCUCCUCAGCCCGCCUGUUUACUGUGCAAUCCCAGUCUUCUUAAGCCAUCAGCAGUGGGUGUGCUCAGAGCAGAGGAGCCAAGGGAAAGGUUCAGAGCUCUACGAGGUAAGGGGAGAAUGACACUGUCCAUCCAUUCACCUGGUGGACUGGGCUACAUGCCUCCCCAAAGCCCUCCCCUCCCUUGGAGGCUUCCCUUCAUCUCGGGCCCAGCCACAAGUCUCAUCUCUAAUGUUCUAUGCAAUGAAAUAUAAACCCUCAAAGACAACUGUUAAUAUUUAAUAAAUUCCAUGUUACAUAUAAGGAGUUAAUUGCAAACACGCAGUUGAGAAACUGGAUAGCUCUAUCUACUCAUACCAUCACCCCAACCCACUCCUUGUCCCCACAUUCUGUGUGUGUAUGUGUGUGAUAGAAAAAGCGAGAGCAUGUGUGUGUGUGUGUGUGUGUGUGUGUGUAUGCAGGCGUGCGUGUGUAAAUUCUAAGUCUGUGGCAUGUUUGACCUGUGGCAGGACUCGCUGCUUGCCAGGCGAGUCACCGCCUGUCUGGCAGUGGAGCAUGCACAGCUCGAAGCUUCUUUGCACGAUUUCAUUCAUUUUUAAAUGCUCGACCUCUUGCUUGGAGUUCUUUCUGCCUCCAGACCUCUCCUUUAGGAGCGCUGACUUCGGGACAUGCUAGUAAAGACUUGCCAGAGCUGCCCGCAUGCGGCAGGCCAUGGAGCAGGCCAUGAGGCCCCAGGCACCUUGCAGUUUUUACCUGUGUACAGUAGCAGAUAAAAACAAACCUUAUAAUAGACGCAGAGAGGAGCCGCACAGGACACAUGUAUAUGAACAUUCUGUGGUUUUGCUGUGGGAUUUCUACUUGUAUAUCAUUUUUCCCUCAUAUCCCAGGCCUGAGCCAAAAGAAUCUGGUCACAUCUUCCCAGUGGGGUACUGCUCAAGGGCAAAGCUGGGGUACACUUGUGGAGAGGCAGAAGCCAAGGGAUCCUGGCUAUGCCCUAUGAUUCCUAGAUCUUGACUGACUCUGUUCUCUGUCUCUCCUUUCUGAUGAGGAACCUCAAAGGACUAUGAUCCAAGAGAUCUGGAAUGGAGCCAGGGUCAUAGGGUGCCCAGGGAGAGCUGGCUAUGGCUGAAAAUAUCAUUCAGAAAAAAAAAAAAAAAAAAAAUUCACACAAAUAACAGCUCCAAGCUGAGCUCAGAAGGUUUCUCAGAAGCAAAGCUUACUGAGGGGUCAGUGGAACCCUCUCCACAUCUGCCCCAAGACUUGCCUCCUUGGAAGCAUAAAUAUUAAUGACACUGUUGGCAGUAUCUCCCUCACUGGUCCAGGAGUGGGGCAGACAGUACCUGCCUGACCCCUAGAGUCUGGCCUGCCUCCAGAGAGCUUUGGUGUAUAACAUGCAUUUCUCAGGGGUUCACGUUUCUCAUGCUUUUUUACAAGGCUUAUAAAUCCUUUAGUGCGGGAUCUUGUCCCACUGUUGGCAGCUGUGGAUGGGACACUUCAAGCUGUGUUGGACUUAAGAGCCCGAGUUCCCAGGAUUUAGCUUUCUUCACGCUAUGGAAUAUCUCAGAGAUCAAACUUGGGCUACAUGGGGCCAUCUCUAUAAGGGCUGAAGAAGGCCAUCUUUGAGGAACUCACAGGCCCAGGUGUGUACAGGAUGUGUCCAGAGUCUAGAUACCUGGGACCAUGGCAGCAUCCCUUUCCACUCAGUCAAGAGGCUGCACUAGGAGAUGAGAGCAGUCAGGGUAUCCACAGGUCAGCCUCUGGCAGCCAGCCCCCAGGCUCUAAAG